AAGGCAUUAACCAAAAUCUGAACAACAACAAAAGGCAAAAGAAUAUACAAUAAGCGAGGUGAGUGUGUGAUUUUUUCGCUACCUGUGUGCCUGGACCGGCGGCACUGAGCCCUGAGAGGAGCUGCUUGCUUAACCAAAUACACUGCAGAGACCGUGAUCUGCGAACAGAACCAAACUACAAUUAGCGCAUUGUGCCGCCGAAUUGAAAGCAAAUACGCUCAGUCGCAACGGAUUCGCGAGAGUGAGCGCAACGAGUGUAUGAGUUCCGGAGUUGACGGCAAAACGCGAAAACGGCCAAAUUGUUUGGAAGGCAUAUACAUACAUACAUAUCAAGGGCCGGCUUAAAGGGAGCAGCACACUUGCAGCCGGUUGCGGUGUGUGGCACAAGGCAGACAAAAACAAUUUGUAGCACUGUGUGCCGCAGGAAUUUGUGUAAAGUGAAAGAUCUUGCUAAGAAAUUUUCAUUCAAUAUAAGGCGCUGACGACGGAAACACGUUAAGUGCCUUUCAAUUAAAAACAUAUCGGUUGCUAAACAAGAUACAAUAAAAAAUACAACAACAAAAAAUUGCUAACAGCACGUGCGCCAAACUGCUUUCAAAGAAUAUAUACACAAAUCUCUGCGUAGAUCCACAUGAAAAGACUAAAGUGACAAACGUGAACGCACGCACAAUAAAUAAUUAGUUGCCGCCGCUGUCGACAGCAACAAACAGACAGAGUUUAGCGGCAAGCGCGUGUAGAGAGCAACACAGAAAGAAAAAAACAAUUAAAACUAACAACUAGUGUGUUGCCGCGAGCCAACUUUGUUGCAACAUUAAUUAACAGAUAUAAAUUCAAAACAACAACAACAACCCAGAGAAUAACACAACACAACUGAGAGUAUUCGCGCUCAGUUUGUCCCCACAAAACGGUGUGCAACAACAAUGGGCACACGUGUUCCACCACCUUGCCCCACACCAUUACACUGCGAUCAGGCUGCUAUGGCUGGCCUGCCACAGCUCAUCACCGACUUGCAACGUCUGUCCGAGGAUCAGGAGAGCGCCGAUUUAGUAUUCAUUUGUGGACGUGAGGAGGAACGUAUUUAUGCGCAUCGCAUUUUGUUGAUGGCACGCUGCAAGAGCUUUAAGACAGCUAAACGUGGCGAAAUCUGUCGCAUACCCGGCUGUUCGGUGUCACCAGCAGCGCCAGGUACACCCACACCAGUGCGAUUGCCGCAUGUCAAUCCGGAUGUGUUUCGCCAAUUCAUCGUUUAUGUCUACACAGCGAAGAUUAUGCUGCAAGAUUCACGUGUCUUUGAGAUGAUGACACUCGCACAAGAUAUGGGUGUGGAAGAAUUGCGUGCAGCUUGCGAAGAUCAUGUCAUAUCAACACUAUCUGUAGACAAUGCAUGCACAUUUCUCACUUCCGUCAUGGAAAUACACGAAAAAGCAGGUGCCAAAUGUGCCGCUUCCUUUAUGGAGCGCUGCAUUAUUUACAUUGGCGAGAAUGCCAGCGAGUGUGCUAAGACCAAUGCCUUUCUCAAUUUAACCAAGGAUGCAUUAGUCAAACUAAUAUCUUCAGAUUAUUUUUGCCUCGAAGAGGAAGACGUUUGGCGUUGUGUGCUCGCCUGGGCUAAAAAUCAAGCUGGUGUCACACAACCCACCGCACAUUGGACUGAGGAGGAACGUGCACGUGUUUGCCAACAUCUCUCAGGCGUUAUGUGUCAUGUACGUCUGCUGCUAAUCGAUAGUCAAGUAUUUGCUGAAGAAGUGGAACCAACUGGCGCUGUGCCGAUGGAAUUGUCAUUGGAACGUUAUCGUUAUGCAGCUUUGCAUUCAAAUAAAGGUGGCGGUGGUGUUAAUGCUGGGCAAAUGCUACCAUCUAUACCGGGGAUGACCGAAGAUGAUAAACGUUUGCAACCAAGACUAACAGUCAACAUGUUUCCAGGUUCGCAGUUGUUGCGGAAUGAUAAACUGCAUUUACAGAGUGUGCUAAAUGGAUGGUACGGUAUGCCCAAACAAUCUUGGCGUUUGGUUUUCCGCGCAUCAACUCAUGGUUAUUCAUCAAGCGCUUUUCAUCGCUACUGUGAUGGCGUAGCACCCUGUUUUGUUGUUGGCAUUGGUUCACGUGGCGAACUAAGCGGUGGCUACACUGAUGUUGCCUGGGCAAAAACUAAUCGUAAAGGCGGUUAUAUACAUUCAGAGCGUGCUUUUCUCUUUGCACUUAAUCCCGCUGGCGGUGAUCCACCAGUGAAGUUCGAUAUUAUUAAAAAACCGUAUGCAAUCUGCUAUCAUCCAGACUGCGGUCCAAUUUUUGGUGCUGGCGCCGAUUUACUUAUAGCGAACAAUUCCAACACCAAUAUGGACUCCUACUCGAAUUUACCGCACUCAUAUGAUGGUCCAAAUGCCACUUAUUUAACACUCUUUGGUGAUUACAAUUUUACGGUUGUCGACUAUGAAGUCUACACAUUGUCCACGAAUACAACAGCAGGUAUGGGCGGCGGUAGCGCUGGAAAUAAUGGCAACAGCAGCGUUUCUGGAAAUAAUGCAAGCAACAACAAUAACAAUAAUACAUCCUACAGCAAUACUGGCAAUAACAAUAGCAGCGGCAAUUUGUCAACAAAUGUUGGCGGUGGCGGCGGCAGUGCUGCCGGUGUAGGUGGUAAUGGCAGUGGCGGUGGCGGCACUGUCGGCAUGCACAAACCAAAAUAUGAGCGUUAUUGAUUGGUUGUUGUUUACGCAGUUUGUUUGAUGUAUGUUUUUGUGUACUUAUGUAUGCCUUUUAAUUGUAUUUCUUUAUUUGUAAGUACCAUUUGUGCCUUGAGAUAAUUUUGCGUACUUUUGUAGUUUUUUAGCGUAUGAUAUAAUGCGUGAUCUUGUACUAUUAGUGUAGUAAUUUUGCUAUAUUUCAUUAUUUGCUAUUAAAAAUUUGAUAUUCAUAUGA